UCCGGCGCCGCUACCGCGCUAACCCCACCACGCGCGCGCACAGGCUUUCGGCUUUCCUCGCCACCACCGCCCCUCUCCCUACUCCUAGUUCGCCAUCUCCUCCCCACGGGACGUGGCGCCAACACGCCACACACACCCACACGGCUGACGCGAGCCAGCCAGCCAGCCAGCCGCCCGCAGGGAUGGCUUCGUCCACCGCCACGGCCGCCGCGUUCGCGUACCUCCUCCCGGCCGCGCAGGGCUCCUCCUCCCGGCUCCCCAAGGCCGCCGCGGCGUCCUUCGCGCGCCUCCCGGCUCACUCGGCGGCAGCGGUGUCCGUCGGGGCGCCGCGGCGGCGCAGGUGGGCUCCCGGAGUGGCCUACGCCACCGCCGCCACGGAGAAGAGCAUCUACGACUUCACCGUCAAGGAUAUUGAUGGAAAAGGUAUUUCACUUAGCAAGUUCAAGGGAAAGCCACUGUUGAUUGUUAAUGUUGCUUCUCAAUGUGGGCUUACAACAGCGAAUUACACUGAACUAUCUCAUCUCUACGAGAAGUACAAGACUCAAGGAUUUGAGAUUCUGGCAUUUCCAUGUAAUCAAUUUGGUUUUCAAGAACCUGGAUCAAAUUCACAGAUAAAGCAGUUUGCCUGUACAAGAUUUAAGGCUGAAUUUCCUAUUUUUGAUAAGGUUGAUGUGAACGGACCCAACACAGCCCCUAUUUAUAAGUUUCUUAAGUCGAGUGCUGGAGGGUUUUUGGGUGAUCUAGUGAAGUGGAACUUUGAGAAGUUCUUAGUGGACAAAAAUGGCAAAGUUGUGGAGAGGUACCCACCAACAACUUCACCAUUCCAGAUUGAGAAGGACAUCCAGAAACUCCUUGCGGCAUAAGUUCUACGAGUCCAAAUUCAGUUAAGCACUCCUGUAUAUAUUGCCUUUUCUGAAACUAGAGUUUACUUGCGAUUAUAACUCUUCCGCAAUAUAAUAUUCCAUUUCUGUAAAACAAUUAGCUGAUAUGUACACAUACAUUAUACAUACUAGUAACUCCUUAGCGAUUGACAUUUCUGGACGGCUGGACCCUGGUAGUGAUUGCACGUUAGUUUGGAGUUGUA